AUGUUCGACUGGUAUGACAAGGCCGAAGUGUGCUACGCGUAUCUUUCGGGUGUCUCGUCUACAGUUGACACUUCGAAAACGGACGGCGAUUUCGCUGGAUGUCGAUGGUUUACGCGAGGGUGGACGCUGCAAGAACUCCUAGCCCCCGAUGAUCUAAUUUUCUUCUCCGACGACUGGGUCAAGAUCGGCGAAAAGCUGACGCUGAGUCGGCCGCUUUCGGUAAUCACCGGCAUUGAAGAAGACAUCCUCAAAGGUACCAAGCCGAUUGAAUCCGCGAGUAUAGCCAAGAGAAUGUCCUGGGCAUCCCACCGCGUUACUACAAGGCCGGAGGACGUCGCGUAUUGUUUGAUGGGUCUUUUUGGGGUCAACAUGCCAAUGCUCUAUGGCGAGGGCGACAAGGCGUUUUUGCGCCUGCAAGAAGAGAUCAUGAAACAGUCCGACGAUCAAUCGCUGUUCGCAUGGGUCGAUCUCUCGGCAUCAACUGAGACUUACCAUGGUCUCUUGGCCAAGUCGCCCCUGAACUUCGAGUACUCCAACUCCAUCGUACCAUACCAGGACUGGGAGCCUCGGCCGCCAUAUAGCAUGACCAAUCGCGGCUUGCGUAUUGACCUGCCUUUGACGCUCAGAGGCGAGGAGCUGUUCGCUGCUGCGUUGGACUGCCCGGCUCCUCCAGACUUUGAAGAUUCAAGCUUCCUGGCGAUCUACCUAAAACGCAUCUCACACAGCGACCAGCAGUUCGCCAGAGUAAGGGCAAAUCAGUUCGCCAAAGUCCAGGAACGAGGCGACCACCUAGUUCAGGAACGGGGAAAACGGCAGACAAUCUUCGUCCGGCAGAAUUUCAAUGGCAUUAUCAGCUCGGAGGGCGUCUUUCCUCAACACAUCUUACAACUACGAUGUGGUCCAUCGACCACAGACUACACCUUGACCGAAGUCAUCACCUCGGAAGAGCACAAAAAGGACAAACCCAAGGCCCUCAUGUCUAGCAGGACGCGCGGGUCUGAUUGGCUUCGGACUGCCAACGGACAGACCAUUGCAUUUCGAAGUCCGAAGGCCGGGGGUCAGCUUGCGGGUGGAGUGGUUUUCUCAAUCUCCCAAUUCGAAGGUUCUAGGCUCUUGAUCAUGUUCGGGUCGGCCGACAGUGGGAAGGCUGGCUUCCAUGCACAGGAACUGCCUCCUCGGGAAGAACUUGUCGGAUCAACGGAGAAAGGAUUGAGUGAGGAAGAAGUGAUGGACUUCGAAUCGCUUCAAAAAGUCUUCAAGCCAUCUCAAGCGGGCAACGAUGUCGAGCUGCAAUAUCACCGGGUGCGAGUAUCCAUCGAGCCCAUAGUAGCGGACGCCUGCAAGUACUUGAUGGCAGACAUUCUUGUUGAGCCCAUCAACCGACCAUGGGACCCUUACCAGACAGUGGACACUGUCAUUGGCCAAUAUCAGGCUGCAGUCGGCCGUCAGAACCGAGUUGAAGCCGUUGAAGCAUCAGAAAUGACUGGAUCGAGAAACAAGAAAGUUUCCGCUUGGAAGAGACUUACAGCACGAGUAUCUUGA